GAUACGUAAAAUUAUAAAAAUAGAAUUUUUUCUUGAAUUCUGAUAUGCGUUUUAGAUUACCUUGAGUGAACUUAAUGUAAAAUUUUUUCAGAAAUAACUAUGAGAAAUUUAGUAUUGCGUAAUUGGUUAAUGAAAUCGAUUUUAUUGAAAUAUUACAAAUAUACUCGUUCCUACGUCCUUAGCUUAAUAUAGAACACGGAGAAGACAAUUUGUAUAUAUAUAUAUAUAUAUGGAAAUCCAAACUCAUCCUUUCCUCAGUAAACGUACGCUCGAAAAAAAAAAGGAAACACUUGCCAGGUGACAUUACAGGCAACAAUAUUUAGUUAACAAUAUUCGAGAUCAAGACAGUAUUGUGCGAAAUGUUGGCGAAGUCGGAAUGCUUUCAAUAUGUAGAAGUGUUGUAAUACGAAUUUAUCAGUAUAGAAGAUUAUAAUGAGUAAUGAGGUUAAAGUGUUAUUAUUUAUAGAGUUAUUAAUCUGAUUGCAUCAUAUUUUAAUGCGCUUAAUCUUCAUUGUAAGAGUGAACAAAAGAAGGAUGUUAAAAGCAAAGUCACACGAUAGCUGUGCUAAAGAGGCUGUGGAAUCACAGGUGAUCACCAAGAUGCAGAAGCAAGGAUAUUCUUUGAAUGCCGUAAACAAUUACGACGAGAAUUUGUUACACAUAAGCGCGGCAAACAGCUGUCUUGGGAUUGUGGAGGAAAUUUUGAACCAGAAGGAAAACUGCCGCGUUAUAGACAGGAAGAAUAAAUUUGGCUGGACUCCGCUGAUGCAAGCAAUUCGUAAUGGAAAUAUCGACACUGUGAAAUUGCUCUUAAAAAAGAACGCCGACGUUAAUAAAAUGACUUAUCUCGGUAUGUCAGUUCUUGGACUAGCUGCUGCAAUUAGUAAGGAAAUGUUCGAAACGGUAUACAACGCCUGCCCGGAAGCACUGGCGAAUACAGCUAAUGAUGAUAUUACUCCCAUAUGCGUGGCUGCCAUGAAGAACGACAAGGAGCUGUUUCUGAGACUGUUGGAAUUAGGCAUGCCAUCCCUGACAGCCAAUGGAUACACUCGCAUCAUGAUGAAACGUUCCACCAUACCGGAAAUAGCCACUUUGGUGAACGGAGAACCGAUCACGGAUGAUUAUUGGAAUGAUACGUCGGAUAACAUUGAGGUAAUGAGCGAACAGGAUAUCGGCGGUGAUACGGAAGAUUCUACUUUAAAAAAUGACGAGAAUAAAAAAGAAUCACUCAAGCUGCGCUUGCUACCAAUGGAAUCCGACAAACAAACUGCAAUAUCACCAAACUUAACAUACGACAUAUUCAUGUUCUCGAAAACUGUCCAUUCCAAAAAUGCCAAUCUUAUAGAAAAUUCGGAUUUACUUUUUCAUGAUGAAAAUAUGAACGAAAGGAAAAUAAUGGAAAAUAAUUCGGAAAAGUAUUCUUUGACGGACAAAAAUCAACCUAAAUUAUAUUCGACUGUACUUCAGAGAUCGCAAUCGGUACGACCAUCUGAUAUCGAUAUGAAAGAUGUCUCGUGUAAAUUUAAUACCACUCUCGGAUUCACACCCGAAUUCAGCCCUGUUAAGUCGCCCCAUGUGCCCCCAGAGCUUAAUGAGGAUAAUGUGUUCGGUGAAAACACCCCGACGCCGCCGCGCUGCAAAACGCCCCCGAAAGGAAUGUUACUGAAUUGGCGACAGACGAAAAUGAUCAUGGUAUUGAGACGCUUUGGAUUGAGCCAACACAUCCCUGUAUUUCUCGAACAGGAAGCAUCGCAGAUUAAAUAUCCAAAGAGGAUAUUUUCCGGAAUUCAGCCUACAGGAAGUAUACACUUAGGGAAUUACUUUGGUGCUAUUCGGAGAUGGGUGGAAUUACAGAAUUCUGGCGAAACAAUGAUAUGCAGCAUAGCAGAUUUGCAUUCUAUUACUUUGCCACAAAACCCUCAGAAAUUGAAGGAGAAUACCAUGCUAAUGACUGCAACAUUGAUAGCUUGUGGCAUAGAUCUCAAAAGGACUAUUCUAUUCCAACAAUCCAAAGUAUCAAUGCAUGCAGAAUUAUGUUGGAUUCUAUCUUGCAUCACAACUAUGGCAAGACUAGCGCAUCUACCACAGUUUAAGGAGAAAAGUGAAUUUUUAAAAACUGUACCUCUAGGCUUAUACAUUUAUCCUGUUUUGCAAGCAGCUGAUGUAUUAUUGUAUAAAGCAACACAUGUUCCGGUUGGGCAGGAUCAAGCUCAGCAUAUUCAACUGGCACAAGAUUUAGCACAGAUAUUUAAUAGACAAUUUGGACAAACCUUUCCAAUACCUCAUACUCUUAUCAGUGAUGGCCCGAGUCAGAGAAUCAAAUCUUUACGUGAUCCCAUGAAAAAAAUGUCAAAGUCACAUACAGAUUCCAAAUCCAGGAUAAAUAUUUUGGAUGAACCAGAUGUGCUGUUGGAGAAAAUGAAAAAGGCUUUGACAGACUUUACAUCCGAAGUGACUUAUGAAUCAGAGAAACGACCAGGAGUGACUAAUUUAAUUGAUAUACACUCUUUGUUAACUGGGAAGACUCCAGAGGAGAUAUGUAAAGAAGCCACAGGUUUGAAUACAGGACAGUAUAAAUUAGUGUUAGCAGAUAUUAUGAUAGAGAAACUAUCUCCAAUUCGUGAGGAUAUAUUGAGGUUAAUUAAAGAACCUAUCUAUUUAGAUGAGGUUUUGAAAGAAGGUGCAGAAAAAGCAACAGAACUUGCAACAAAAUGUUGGACGGAAGUUACAGAAAAGGUUUUUGGCAAUGAUAUACAGAAUAUGAAAAAGAUAUCAAAUAUUGCAAAAGUUUUAUAGAACUAUUUAUAUAUAACUAUUUAUUGUAAAUAAAAUACAUAUGAUAUUUGUAAAAAAGAUAUUUUAUAUACAUUUAUAUAUGUCACUCAGUAAUGCGAUCCAUUAUCUCAUAUCAAUGACUAGUUUGCCUCUUAAAUGACCUUGCUUUAAUCUUUCAUAUGCUUGUGGCAAAUCUUGAAAAGGAUAUACUUCUUGAACAACGGGUACGAUCUGUAAAUUUCUCCACAAAAUAUAAAAUUACGAUUUUUAAUAGAAA